AUGCCAGAAAGAGGACCCGAUCAAUGGUUCGAAGAUAUCAAAAACUGUAAGGCCUUGCCUGAAAAUGAUAUGAAGCAACUAUGCGAGAAAGUUAAAGACUUGCUCAUGGAAGAAUCCAACAUCCAGCCUGUCACUUCUCCUGUCACCGUUUGUGGUGACAUUCAUGGACAAUUCCACGACUUGUUGGAGUUAUUCAAAAUUGCAGGUGGGUUCCCCUCUGGAUCGUCUCUCAGCACAAAUUACGUCUUUUUGGGAGAUUAUGUUGACAGAGGCUACUUCUCAUUAGAAACAUUCACAAUGUUGAUGAUAUUAAAAGUAAAGUUCCCGCAACAUAUCACCCUAGUUAGAGGUAACCAUGAGUCCAGGCAAAUCACCCAGGUUUACGGUUUCUAUGAAGAAUGCCUAAAUAAAUACGGAUCUACAAUGGUAUGGAAAUAUUGUUGUCAAGUUUUCGACUUCUUGACAUUAUCGGCUAUCAUUGACGGUAAGAUUCUCUGCAUACACGGUGGAUUGUCUCCCGAAAUUAGAAUGCUAGACCAAAUACGUGUCUUAUCUAGAGCUCAAGAAGUCCCUCAUGAAGGUGGAUUCUGUGACUUGGUUUGGUCGGAUCCAGAUAAUGUCGACACUUGGGCCAUUUCUCCAAGAGGUGCUGGUUGGCUAUUUGGUGCCAAAGUUGCAAGAGAAUUCAAUCACAUAAAUAACUUACAGUUGAUUGCUAGAGCCCAUCAAUUAGUCAUGGAGGGCUUUAGGUAUCAUUUCCCAGAGAAGGAUGUCGUCACGGUCUGGUCUGCUCCAAAUUAUUGCUAUAGGUGUGGUAACGUGGCUAGUGUCAUGAAAGUAGACGAUAGCUUGAAUGUUAACUUCCAAAUAUUCAGCGCAGUUCCUGAUGAUACUUUAAAGAUGAACCCUUCUAAAAAUCAAAAGAAUAACAAUGAAUAUUUCCUUUAG